AAAAACGGUGGAAGACGAGAGAAGGGGUGACGUGCGUAACCGUACGGUGUCGGGUGGGCGGGGGAGACUAUCUUCAGUAAGUUUUCCACCAACGGCCACAGAGCCCAGCCAGUGCGCCUCCUGGCCCAACUGUGGGGUUGCCCCGUUUCGCUUUCUCUCCGGGAUAAACACACCGCGAAGCACACACAUUAUUGCCAAGAACGUGAAAUAAGGGCGUGUGCGUGCGUGCGUGUGUGUCGGAGGUCGGUGCCGCUACCCUUUGCCGAAACCCCUUACGCCGCAUCGCCGAUAGUGAGUGGAGAGGUUUGCACUCUAGUAGCAUUCGCCGCGACCCAGAUGCUGGUGUGAUGAUGAAGGUGCAAUGCAGUGCCCUCCACUGCCUCCUGCACGAGUGCUAGAGCAUAGGCAAGGGACGAUGCUGUAGUGUGAACGGGCGGUGCGGGUUCCUGCUCUCGGGUGCCCCUCACGGUUGCAGUCCCUCUGAGGGCAACGAGACUCUAGGACGGGAGUGGUUUGGCUAUCGGGUCGCAUCAGCAUCAAACGGGUACCGCGAUAAGGUGCAGCGGUUCCGCGACGUAGUGGAAUCAGGCAGACGACGGCGACGACGAUGCGGUUCAACAAGCAGGAACUGGUGACGCUCGCUACCCAACCGAGCAACAAGUUCGAGAAGGAGGGACCACUGUUUGUGACGGAGAAGCAGGAGGGUUUCUUCCGGAAAACCGAAGCAGGGAAGUACACCGAACAGCAGCAGAAGCCCCAGAAGCAGCAGCAUCAGCAACCGCAGCAGCAGCAGCAACAGCAGCAUCAGCACCGCCAGCAGCACGUUGGUCGCAUUCUGCUGAUCCGACAGAAAUCACUCAGCUGCAUCUCGGGCGGUACGGCUAAAGUUAGCAGCGAAAGGUGGUGCCGAUUGCGGGGCAAUCUCCUGUUCUACUUCAAAUCGAAUGAUCCGUUCUCGGAGCCCCAAGGCUGCCUCGUACUGGAAAAGUACCAGUGCUUCAAGGUGGACGAUGAAAGCGACCCGCAAAUCGCAGCCGAUGGUUUCGCGUUCUAUCUCGAGUUCCAGGAUGGGAUGCGGCAGCGAUUUACAGCCAACACCGAGCAGGAGCGGCUCGAGUGGAUGCAAGCGAUCGGGCUAGCGGGCUACGACAUGAAGCGGGCUCAGCUCAAGUAUCUGCGCGAGGAGAUCGACCGGAAGCGUGGCAUGAUCCACGACGUCGACAUCGACAUGCUGCGGCUGCAGACGGGAAAGGAAAUUGAUCUGAACGAGGUGCCGAUCUGCGAAUCGGUGAUUUCGUGCGACAAUCUACUGUGCGAUGGGAACGGCAAACCGCCCAACCCGUCCGUCGUGGUGCAGGUAACGUCGAGCAAUCGGUCCGUGUCGGGGUGGAUCAAGUAUGGGCGCACCGAGGUGAUCGAGCGCUCGUCGAACCCGCAGUUCAUCUGCACGAUACAGUUCCGGGCGUGCGAUGGGCUCAACGCGGACUCGCAGAUACGCUUCACGGCGUACGAUGUGCGCGAGAAGGUCACACAAACGGCGGUACCGAUCGGCUGGGCGGAGAUAGCGCUCGGUGUGAUCGCGGAUACGACCCGGCUGCGUAUACCGUUACGAACGCAGGUUUGUGGCGAGAGUGCCGGCUUCCUGACCAUUGCAACCUGUGCCCCGGACACGGAGCGCCGCACUAGCAAUCCACGGUCGCCGAUCAAGGCAGCCGGUGCCGGUAGCAGCGGGAUCAGCGGUGGAGGCGGUAUGGGUGGGUGUAUCGCUGGUCCGACCGGUGAGGUGUACGGUCAUCGUCGCUCCCAAUCGCUACCACCGAAGCUCGGCAUCAAACUCUUCAUUCCGCCGCCCUCGAAAAUCGGGCUCGUCUUCACUAACCCGAGCAUGCACACCUAUCGGCUGCACUCGGGGCUCGGCGGUGACAUUAGCGUGCUGGAGAUCAUGCUGGAGAGCCAGCUGUGCUACCUGCUGCCGCAGCAGCUGCUCUCCAUCUGGAUAGCACGCGAGAAGGAACUGUUGCAGGAGAUCUCGGGCAUGGGCGAGCUCGGAGGCGAGUGGCGUAACCGACAGAUGGAGCUGCUGGACAAGCACCUCAAGCUGCUGAAGGACUACUCGCAGGCGAAACAGUACCUCCAGCAGCAGCACCAGCGUGGUAAAGCAUUCAAACCGAGCUGCCGGAAGGCGGACGAGACGGUCGAGUUCGCACCGGUCAACCUGCACCUCCAGCGCAUGUGGGCUCACAACGAUACGCUCAAACGGGCUGGCAUUCUCGAUGUGAUCACGGUCGGUGCGUUCACACGUCACACGGGGCGCUCGAAAACGGGCGGACUGAUCAAGCUGCUACAGCAGGUGAAGGAUCCACCGCAGGCCGGCGGUGCCGAUGCGAGCGAGGCGGCCGGCAGCAGCCACAAGGUGAACGCGGCCAACGAUGCGGUGCAGGCCAUUAAGCAUUUGCGCUCCGAGAUAGUGACCAUCAUGUCGCAGCUAUUGCUGCUGGCGCGUUCGAAAAACCCGAAAGGAAUGCUGCCCCUGUGCGGUGAGAUGAUGGCAAAGACGCGCACGCUACUUAACAUUUGGGAGCCGGGUCUAGUCGAGGAGGCAUUCUCCUUCAUCGAGCGGCAUCGCAUCGUCGACGAUACGACGAUAGCGGGGGCCACCGGUUCGACCGCUGGGUCAGAGAACCCCGAAGGGCUGGUCGAUGGGCUGUCAUUCCCGUCGGUGCCGAUGUCACCAUUCAAGAAGAUCACCCAGCAGCUGGGGGCACUCGAUCUGAAGUCGCCCGAACUGGAGGACUUUGCCACGCCGCUCGGUCCUCCACCGGACCUCUGGCCGCAGACCAAACUGGGAGGGGGCAGUGGCGGUGGUUUGAUGGGCAAGGGUAAAUCGCCAUCAUCGCACGACAUCAGCACCACCAUCGCGACCAUCCAGGACACGUUCAAUCAGCUGUCGUUGUACCAGCAGCGGGACGAUCACCCAACCAACUACUCCCUACCGGCCUCCUGCUACUUACCGACAGACGAACCAUCGACCUCGAAGGUGGGAGGCACCAGUCGGCGAAUGACGACUACCGAACAAGCUGGCUCGGCUGGCCUCCGGUUCAACGAAACACACUUCGACGUGAAUGGGGCGGUAACAUUGCACUCCAAUCCCUCGAGUGCCACUUCUCCCACAGCAGGUACCCAGCAAGAGCCACAGCAGCAGCAGCAGCAGCAAAGUAAGAAGGCACUGUACUCGGGCAUUUACGAUGAGAGCGGGUACUGCGCAGAGAACACGGCCAUCGUGCUCGGCCAUAACGGUGCCUUCCUCGAUACCAGGGUGAUGAGCUCGAGCCCCUCGGCCAACUACUAUCGGCCAACCGAGGAACCGGAACCGCUCGACUUGACGCAGCUCAACAUCGAGGCGAGCGUCAUGUGUCUGGUGUCGAAGGUGAAGUUUUUGUGCGGCCGUUGCGGUAGCCCAGCGGUACGGUUACGCUACCCGAAGGGUGGACCGAUGCCGCUCGGGUCCACUAGUAGCGGCGAGCUAGUACCACCGCCGGAUGUCGUGACCGCACAGCCCGCCCUAUCGCAUCCGACUGUAAACAGUGAGCAGACAGUGGCGGUCGGUAGUGGUAGUGGCAGCAGCGAGCCGCCGCCGACGACUAGUGGCGUUAGUGCACAGGCGAUAGCUAUGCUGGCCGCUGGCGAGCAGGCUGCUGCCGCUGCUGGUUCCACCGGCAAGACGUCACUUUCGAGCAAGGAUCUGAACCUGGCGCUCACGCAGGCAAUCGGUGAGGUAACGCGCAAGGUGAAAAAAGGCAACAAGUUCACGGAUGGGCUCGAUUUGUCCGCCACCACCGAUUGGGCGCUCGAGCUGCGGCCCUCGAUGAAGAAGCUAAGGCAGGCGAUGGAUGGGCUGCUGAAGACGGCCCGGCUAAUGCACUCGGUGCAGCGGCUGCAGCAGGACAUGAAGAAAACGAGUGCCCUACUGUGCAUCAUGUACCGGCGGGACGUGUGUUUCUCGCAGGCCCUCACCGCGCUCGUCGCCGGCCUGAUGGCUAAACUGUGGGGUCAGAACGUGACGGAGAACUUCAUCAGCCUGCUGGUGCAACUCGGGCCGCUUGCCUGCUUCGAGGGGCUGCUAUCGCUGUACGGCAACGAGACGGACAUGUGGGGCGACAUGAGCGUCGCGGUCGAGGAUCUUGCCACCGUGACGUUCGCGCUCGUGCGCAGUAACCUGCAUCGGGACACGAAGGCGAUCCCGGUACCGCGCGUCACCGGCUCCCGGCAAGCCCUGCGCGUUCUGCUGCCGGUACCGGAGUCGGUGUACUGCCAUCUGCCUACCAAGGAGGUAGUCACGUUCAGGGUUACACCCGUUUUCUUUAACAUUGGCAUCAACGAGAAGGCAACGGUGGCUGAAACGCUCGGCUACACGCGCGAACAGCAUCGCUCCAACUGGGACAACUACGAUCGCCUGAAGCGGUACCAUGGCCAGUACCGGCGCGUACCGUUCAACUUCGUCAACCCGGCCUGCUCCGCCAGUCAGGACACACCGACCAAGGUGGCGUACACGGCGCAGCAAAAGGAGUUGCUCGUACCGGAGGCGACGGUGGUGAAGUUUCUGGACGAGCUGGAGGCGGAACUGCGUGCCCACUCGUCCAAGAGCUACCGGGUGCUGCAUCGAGCCGAGGAUAUCACGCGGGCGCUGCAGGGUUUGCGCUUUACCUCGUGCAAGAGCGCCAAAGAUCGCACCUCGAUGGCGGUCACGCUCGAGCAGUGUCGGGUGCUGCAGCAGGAGUUCCACCUGUCGGCGACUAACGCGCAGAACGUACUUGACACAAUGCGCAGUGAAGGCACCCGCUCCGACAACACGAUGAAAAACGUCGGUAUACGGAAGUACGCGUUCAAUCUGCCGCAAGUGCUCUCACUGCCUAGCGUCUAUCGGCCACCAGCUGGUGCGUACGGCAAGGCACAGUCCUAGUACGGACCAUUCCCUCCAUGUCGGGGUAUCUGAAUCGUAGGUCUCGUUAUGGUGCGUGUUUUCUUGCGUUGUUUAGCUAGUAGAGUACAGGUUUCCGAAACUCAUCGUUAUAUCGUACAAAAGCCUCCUAAACCAUCCUUCACCUGGCCCAAAGUCUAUUGGAUUGGAUUAGCUCUUGCCAAUUGGACUGUGGACCGUAACCAGGACUGAACCAUUACUUAAAGGCACACAAACCAGGCUAGACCACAGGAAGUGCGCGUUGGUUGUACUCUGCUACUUUGCUCAAAGCGCAACAUAGCUUACCACCCUUCGGCGCACAGGCACACAGGCUGAGGCUAAGGCAAGGUCGAAAAAAAAAUCCCAAAACUAGUUUGGUCAGCCAAUACUUAAUGCUUACUUGCGGCACACCUUUUUGUUAUAAUGCGAGCCAUUCAUUAUUAUUUCCAUUUUUUUGUUGAGUUGAGUUAAGUUUCACCUACGUUGUUAAUGCAUCAUCGUGUCGUUUUUAUUUUUAAUUGUUUUUUUUUUGUUUAAAGAAGAAGAAGAAACAAGUUAAACAGAGUCUACACGCAUCGGACGAUCCGAUGCCAUCGCUUAGUCAGCAGCCUGGCAGAAAAGGCAAACUUAAUCGCAUCUUAUGUCCUCAAACCUCCCCCUCCCCCCAGUAUCUACUACGUCGCGUAAGGUUUGGCGACUUCAUUUAUCCUCAAUACUCCUUGCAUCGUUGCAUCCUUUUACACCGUACCAUGUAGUAGUUAAAUCUAAGAGGUUAUGAUUAUUAUCAUUAUUAUUAUUAUUAUUAUUAUUAUUAUUAUUAUUAUUAUUAUUAUUAUCAUUGGUUUCUCUCGAGCAGACGAACGUAAAGCAUACAAAGAAACAUUACGGUAGCGCCCGUAAAAUGGGCGCAGUACUUUAGGAUCCACUCGCCUUGGCGCGGUGGCGCCUGGUAAAUCGAAACGAAAUCUUCCGCCAGUCACGCCACAACAUCAUCUAUCUCUAGGGUAGGGUACGUGUUUGUUUUACGUUUCUCUAUUUGCAUUGUUCGUGACAUUGACAUUUAAAAGGUUGUACCGAACAGUGUGACAAAUGCGAAAAUGUGAAUCCGGGAGAGGCAGACGGCACCCCUCGUGUCCUCCGUGUGCAACAGGUUGGCAGCAAACCGUAUGCGGAUCCCAGCGAUCCACGCUCCACCAUCGUGCAGACCCGAGGACUACGCAGGAACCGCAGCUCACAGCACAGUACAGUUAGUGUGUGUGUGUAUGUGAACGUCGCCGUCAAAUCUGCUGCAAAAACGGUAAGGGAAGGGGUUGGGGUGCGUGACUCUCGAGCUGUCGAGCGAACAGCAUCCCCGUGCUCUCCCCCCCCCCCCCCAAUUCCUAUUUCCCUAACUCUCGGAUAGCUCGUAUCACAAUAAAA